UCACAUAUUGGGACACGGCAAGUGUUCGGGCAUUUUUGGUGGCCUGGUGGUAUAUUUUGGUCGACAGAUUACUAAUUCGAUAGAUUUUGCUUGAGAGGUGUAUCUCACCACACUCUUCCAUCGAGAGACAGUCUGACCUAUCUUGAUGUUCGUGAAAAAAAAGGGUCGUUAUCCACUGCCAACAGGUUUGAUACUGCUGAUCGGGAGCGUGGGGGCAGCUGACAAGACCAGUUUACUGCAGAUAUGCAUUAGUAUAAUAGGUUCCUACCUCCACUCUCUUGAUCUUCAUUUCUUCAUUCGUUCUCCCUCACUUAACCAAAUUGUGAUACCUCUCUGCAGCAUGCAGGAAUAUGUUCGCCGCGAUAUUUCCAUACCAUGCCUGUUGAAAAUUAAAUAACAGGAAUACUAAGGGCAACGGUGA